UUAAAUUUUUGAAUUAAAUUUCGGUCUUUAAAUUUAGUAUUAGUCAAUAGGUGGAAAGGGACGGCAAUGUAAGAGAGAGUCCAUCGAUGGGUAUGUGAAAGCAGGCUAUUUUUUAGCAAAAGGCGGAAUUAAAAAUUUAUUUUAGGGAAAAUUAUCAGAAUAAGACUAAAAUUAAUUUACUUUUCUUUAUUUAAAAAAUAAUAAAUUAAAUUAAAAUGUCUACUAAGAAUAAAAUAAUUAAAUGUAAAGCAGCUAUUGCUUGGGAAGCUAAUAAACCAUUAAGUAUUGAAGAAAUUGAAGUCCACCACAAAAAGAUAUGUUAUUCAGCUAUUUGCCAUUCAGAUAUUUAUGCAUUAGAAAGCAAUAAGACUAAUUAUCCAAUAAUUCUUGGUCAUGAAGCUGCAGGAAUUGUUGAAUCUGUUGGGGAGGGUGUUAGAGAUGUUGUAGCUGGGGAUUAUGUAAUUCCUUCUCCUUUACCUCAAUGUCGUAAAUGUAAAAUUUGCUUAAAUCCAAAUGGAAAUAUUUGUGAAGAAUUUACUUUUGGAAAUAUUCGUAGCGAAAUAAUGGAUGAUGGAAAAACUAGAUUUAGUUGUAAAGGAAAACAAAUAUUUCAUUUUGUUGGUUUAAGUACUUUUAGUGAAUAUGCUGUUGUUAGAGAAGCUGCUGUUUGUAAGAUAAAUCCAAAAGCUCCAUUGGACAAAGUUUGUUUAAUUGGCUGUGGAGUAACUACUGGUUAUGGUGCCCCUUUUAAUUCUUGUAAUGUUACAAAAGGCAGCACUGUGGGUGUUUGGGGAAUGGGUGCAAUUGGGUUAUCUAUUGUUUUGGGAUGUAAGGCAAAAGGAGCAGAAAAAAUUGUUGGAAUUGAUUGUAAUGAAGAAAGAUUAAAAAAUGCUGAAAAAUUCGGAAUAACUGAUUCACUAAAUCCAAAAAAUUUAACUGGAGAUACAAAAACAUUUGUUGAUUAUAUUAGAAAGAAAUAUGAAGGAGGUUUUGAUUUUACAUUUGAAGCUACAGGAAAUACAAAAGCUAUGGUUAAUUUAAGAAAAAAUUUGGUAAUUCUUCGGUUUGUAUACCCUACUCUUUGUGCGCCCCUUUUUUCCUUACCAUUUUUUCAUUUUUCCUCCCCUUUCUCCCUUAUUUUUCAUAAGGCAAGUAUUAAAAAGGAUUACGAGUUUUGGGAAAAACAUAAAUUCGGGUGUGUCAAGCCAAUCAAGUCGGAUUUUGUCGAUUUUGGUGUCAUUCGACACAGCUCGAUGGGUUCUACUUUUUUUGCUCAGACUGACCAUUUUUACAGGAACUAA